UCUCUCAACCGCAUCAGAUUCUGCUGUUUUGUUCGUUUUGAAAUUUUUGCAAGUUGUGCCCGUUUCCCGAAAGAAAACUGGUUCCGGUCGUGAAAUUCUGGACGUAUUUGUACCCUUAACCUAACCGUUGAAGUGCCGAAUAUGCCUUUGGCAAAAUCAGAUCGAAAAUGAAUCGAAAGCGCGAUGAAGACAGCAGCUUCGGAUUGACGCAGAAAAAACUGCGCUUCCGUGGUGACUUGGCACAGCAGUACGGAUUCGCCACGAUGGAUGGGAACCGGGUGGAGGAUCUGUCCCAGGAUGACGAUCCCCGGAUCCGAUCCUCGGUAACCGGAUCCCGAAAUGGAGAAAUUGGUGGAUCCCAAGGCGCUGGAGACGGAAAAGAUCUUCCCGAGAAGAACAGUCUCUAUGAUUUUUUGCGCAUCGAAUUGACACGUGGCUAUGUGCUGGAGCACGACGAGGAACGAUACUCCGCUCGGCGGGAGAAAAUAUACUCUUUCAUGAAAAUCCCUCGGGAGCUGGAGAGCUUUAUGGCCUACGGAGUGCUGCAGUGUGCGGAUUCGUUUCUGUAUUUGUACACGUUUCUGCCGAUAAGAUUCAUACUGGCCCUGUGGGCUUUGAUAACCAGACCGUUGGCUCGGUGUCUGGGUUUCCGAAGACCUCGGCAGCGACUGUUGGCACCUGCUGAAAUCUGUGACCUUCUUAAGGGAACCAUCUGGAUCAUCUGCAGUUGGGCUAUGUUUUAUGUGGACACGAAUAUGUUAUACCAUUUGAUCAAAAGUCAGUCUAUUAUUAAACUGUACAUAUUCUACAAUAUGUUGGAGGUAGGAGAUAGGCUGCUGUCCGCAUUUGGUCAGGAUAUUAUCGAUGCCCUGUUCUGGACAGCAACAGAACCGAAGGACAGUAAGAAGCAGCAUUUGGGAACGAUCCCGCACUUCAUCUUCGCCAUAAUUUACGUGACGAUCCACAGUGCUUUGGUGAUGUUUCAGGCAACCUCUUUGAAUGUGGCCAUCAAUUCCAAUAACAAAGGGCUUCUCACGAUUAUGAUGUCCAACAAUUUUGUUGAGUUGAAGGGAAGCGUAUUUAAGAAAUUCGACAAGAAUAACCUAUUUCAGCUAAGUUGUAGCGACGUGAGAGAGCGUUUUCAUUUGACAAUUUUGAUGUUGAUAGUUUUGAUUCAAACUAUGAAGGAAUUCAGUUGGAAGGCUGACCAGUUUUUCGUUAUGAUUCCGGACUGUAUGUACGUCAUGUUGACAGAGCUGUUUGUGGAUUGGAUCAAGCACGCUUUCAUCACCCGAUUCAAUGAGAUUCCAGUCGAUGUUUAUCGAGAGUAUACUACCAGUCUAGCUUACGACAUGACUCAAACCCGCCAAAAGCAUGCCUUCUCAGACCAUUCAGAUCUUGUAGCUCGACGAAUGGGUUUCAUCCCAAUACCUCUGGGAGUUGUCUUAGUCAAAGCCCUCUACCAUGCUCUCUCGUUUGAUAAUGCCGCUUCAAUCAUCAUAUUUAUCAUUGCAUACAUAGUGCUGCUUUCCUGUCGAGUUCUGAACACUAUCUGCACCCUCGGCAAAGCCUGCGAUCUAAUGAAAAAGCAUCAGGACGAAAAAAUCCUUCUGCAACAACAGCAGCAGCAAAGUGGCCCGGCCACCUCAACCCCGAUACAAAUCCCACGGAACCCGAAAACCACUUCCGACAUAGCCACUUCUCCAAUACACCAUCUGACUUCCAUCCAGCGGUCUCAAACUGUCGAAUGUGUCCCCACCACAGUACCCCAAAUUAAAAUACCCGAACAGCAGCUGGACAGCGUCAUGCGGGAACCGUCCACCCUUGGGGCAACUGCACUCUUCUCCAACAGUGAUGUCGAUCUGGAUGACGUCAAACUCAACGACAAAGUUCUCAAUCUAACGCCAAGCGGCAAAACCGACGAAGAAGCUGGCACAGGCCAAGAGGAAAACCUAGCUCGAAGUUUUCCGGACCUACAACAAGAAUCGGCUUCCAGUCCAGUUCGUGGGGAUCAUAGCACUUCACCAGCCAGCGAUGGAGAUAGCUUUUCGUCUCUCCAGGGCUUACACCAUCGAACGCACAAGCGAUCCGAAUCGGAGCCUUCGAUUCAGCUGGACACAUCGGAGCGGAGUGGAAGUUGAGCUACCGGUUGCUAUCGAUAGGUAUUGUACACAUGCUGCACCAAAGGCUGGAACUGUUUGUUUUUUUUUGUGUUAAGCUUUGAAUACUUAUAAUAAAAGUCUAUAACAAGCGCUUUGUGUUGGUUGGUUUUAAGAAACUCUAGGAAACAGUUGAUUGAAAAAAAAAAAACAAUUGUGAAUUUGAUCGGAAGACUACUAAUAUUAGGAAGGCAUAUUAUUUUAAAGUACCGUUUUUUGUACAUAAAUAAAUUAUUG